UCGUAAAAACGGAGAAGGGCGUGGCUAAUAAGCAAGUUCGACGCAACUCGCACUGAGAGGUGUGAGGGCAUGAAGCUAACGCACGAGGAUAAAAGUAAGAUUAAUUUAAGGAUAGGAAUACGAAAAAUCAGUUUAGCUGUUAUAAAAUACCGGGUAUGACAUACCGUUUAAAACAUUCGAGUUGUUGUCGUUGAUUUAAUCACAGUUUGCCCGCGGUCGCAUGUCAUUUAAUGUUGGCUAGCUAACGUUAGUUGAUCUGUUAUUGCAGUUGUUAGCAAAUAUCGAACUGUUUGUUUAUCUAGUAAAUUACUAUGAUAGCGUCUCAUAAUGUGAGAUGAGAAUACAAAAAAUAUAUAUAUAUUUUGCUCUCGUGCAUUUUAGUUGUCCAUUAAAACCUGUCGUUUUAAAUUGCAAGAUAAUCGCUAGUGCAUGUCAAAUUGACAUUGCGUUGCACUUGUCUCAGUCCUCUACAUACAUGGGAACUAAUCUGUAUAGUAAAUCUUUGUUUUUUAGCUAAAAAGUGCACUUCAAAGUCAAAUCUAGAUAUCAUCGAUUCGUGGUUCUAGAAACAAAGAUGUUCCCCUCCGUCCAGCAACACCCUGUGUGCAAUAUAGGGGCCAGAGCGGUCCGACUGCAAAGCUUCAGCACUUUUAAACAAAGUGGUGCGAUAAGUAGCAAAUCGUGGAGUUUGUCGUGGCUGGGUGAGCGCGUGGGCCUGCUGGUGUCAUGGCUCCAAAAAGCAGGAAGGGGAACGAACAAGCUGGCCUGCGACGAAAAGAAGAAGGCGAGACUAUUGUCUAUAUUCGCCAACCACUGUAGUUUUGUGACAGGCCAGAGGCUGAGAAGGGCUCUUCAGAUCGGAGAGCUGUACUCAAACCUGUACUCUGAGAGGAGCAGGUGGACACUCGUGGGCAACAUAUGGCGGCGCCUGCAGAGCAAACACGCCCCCACUGGAAAACUCCUAGCAGCCCUGGCUGGAGUCUUCAUGUGGGAAGACGAGAAGAUUGGAGAUGAUGAGCUGAAAAGGUGUGCGUGGGAGCUGCAGGCACUGGAGUCGGUGAGAAGCCAGAAUGUGAACCCAAAGACAGCCGUGUAUGUGGAUCCAGGCUGGGAGCUGGUCAUGGAGAAGAAGAACUUCAGGGUUUGGAGGAGGCCUAUCCAGGGUAGCCAUCUUUUUGAAUACAGGGUGUUUGGUUCAUAUACAGACGUCACCCCCCGGCAGUUCUUCAAUGUUCAGUUGGACACAGAGUACAGAAAGAAGUGGGAUGCACUGGUUAUUAAACUGGAAGUGGUGGACAGGGAUGUCAACACAGGCACCGAGGUCAUUCAUUGGGCCACGCAUUUUCCAUAUCCCAUGUACUCCAGAGACUAUGUCUAUGUGCGCCGAUAUCAUGUUGACGUGGAGAACAACUUAAUGAUCUUAGUCUCCAGAGCCAUCAAACACCCCAGUGUCCCAGAGAUCCAGGAGUUCGUCCGAGUUCACUCUUACCAGUCCAAGAUGGUCAUCCGGCCACACCGGUCAUUUGACGAGAAUGGCUUUGAUUACCUGCUGACUUACAGCGAUGAUCCCCAGACGGUCUUCCCUCGCUAUUGCGUCAGCUGGAUGGUGUCUAGCGGCAUGCCAGACUUCCUGGAGAAGCUUCACACCGCUGCUCUCAGAGCUAAAAACAUGGACGUCGGUGUUCACGACUAUGUCAAUAUCAUCAAACCUACCCAACCCACCCAAGAACGACUAGCUGAUAACGCUCACGCCGGUGGCCCGAGUCAGAUCUACGCCUGAGUGUCUGGCCACAGCGAUUGAUGUACUGUUGAAAAAUGACCUGGAACAGAACAUUUUUCACUUACGGGGUCAUUAAUUGAAACCACAAAGAAAUUCAAACCAUCUUUUCCCAAAAUUCAUCUAUGCCAGUCCUGCACUAGCUGUCAUACUGAGCGCUCACACCCCCCAUUUCAUGAGCUGUUAGUUUGCUUCCUCUUUCUGUAGGGUGCAUCUUAACCAAACUGCUGAGAUGAGCCAAAAUAAUGGCAUUUAUCAAUUGUAGAUUCUCCUGCCAAGCAGCAUUUCACUCCGCAUUUAAAUCACGAUCAUCAGAAUCAAUCAUGCUGUUGAGAUGCUGAAAAACAACAGAAGCAUGCACACGCCCUACCAGUUUCAACUUCAGGAAGUCGCUUGUGCACACAAAGCCACUUUUGUUUUUCACUAUGUGGUUCUUUUUUCCAGUUUAUACUGUGAUGAGCUCAGCUGAACCAGAUCGAGUCGCCAUCGUCCUCAUUUACCGUGUGAAUGUUCACUGCCAGUAAAACCCAAACAGCCUUCACAGGAUCACCAAAACCUCUGGAAACACAAGAGAGGUGUGUCUUAUGCCAACCGCAACAUCCUCAUGAUCAGGCUCCGCUUCUUCCUGCGCUCUAGAGGGCUGUUUGAAAUAUAAUGCAUCUUUUCUACUCUGAACUCCAGGAAAUGAGGACACUGUUCAUUACAACUCGAUGUUGUAAUGAAAGUGGAAGGGCAGUGUGCAAGUCGCUAUACGAACUCACUGCAGGAUGCAUUUUGUGCAAGUGCAAAGAAUUAGGGGUGUUUUAUUGUGAUUGGGAAUCCACUCUAAUGGGAUUGUCUGUUAUACAUGUUUACUUCAAAAAAGUAAAAAAAAGAAUUGGUACAGUCAAACUUAGCUUGUUGAUGCAGAUUACACUGAUUUUGAUCAACCUGCAGACUUGAAUCUAGAUUGUUGUCCUGUUUUGGUCUCCGUCCCAUCGUUUGACCUUUAUUUCAUACUGAUGUAUGUAGUGACACCAGUGAAGUUAUACAUACAGUAGCACUACAGUUUGCUUUGUGGAGAAAAAGUAUGUAAAUCAUCUGAGGAAAGGUAUAUGCAUCUUGUUGUGUCCGUUUUAUCUUUAUGGCCUUUGCAGAGGAACAUCUGAAAUCAAAGCAGAUCUUUCAAAUCCCAGAUUUUAUUUGGUGGAUGUGCAAAUAUACUCUUGUAUGACAUCCAGAUGUCCUUUGUUUAAAUGAGGUUAGCACUUGAUAAUGGCAUGACAUUUUUUGUUACAUGAGUGUUAACUAAAUAGCAUAAUUUUCAAAGGAAUUAUGUUGCACUUGAAAUGUGAAUGGUCCCAAAGAUGCACCGUUGAGUUAGUUGAUUAUGACAUCCAUAAUAAUCAAGCAUUUGACUUUCCGUUUUGAAUAUCUGCUCUUUAUUGAAGGUGUAAGUAAACCUCAGCAUCCUGUUCACUAUUGUUCCAUAUGAAAUGAAUUCCAUCUUUUUUUUUUUUUUAUGUCCUUGUUUCUUUAAUUUAGUCAGAAUACCCUUGUCGCACCAUUCUGUUAGUGUUCAUCAUAAAAAGACAUGGCCUAAAUAUAUUUGUGUAAAUAAGUUUAACAUCUAGAUAGAACUGCCCUUUUUACAUCCCAGUGUGUUUAAGGGAAAAAGACAGCAAAAUUUUUUUUUGUUGUUGUUGUUGCUGUUAAGAAAAAAAAA